UCACUAUGCAACACUGUUGCCUUCUCUUUUCUUUUUUUUUUCCUUAAAAGUAAAAAAAUGACCAUAUAUUUUGAUUCUUCCUCUGUACUCUUUAAGAAACGAUCUUUUAUAAUAACCUUCUCAUAUGCCUGAGGAAAGAAACCCAACACACAAGUAAAGAAAAGAAACUGUGCCCAGAGCAAAAAAAUGAGACAUCUCCUUUACAUUUUCUUCUUCAUUCCCAUUCUUGGCUUUGCAGGAGCUGGUCAAGAAUCAACACCCAUUGAAGCUCUGAAUCUCCUUCAACUUCUUCCUCAAACUACUGAUCUUGAGCUAGCUGUUUCCGUGAGAGACAACAAAACCAUUACGGAGAUUUCAUCAAGCAUCAUAAAGGCUGAAACUUGGCUUAAAACCCAUGUCCUCUCUCGUUACCCUUCCACCAAAAUCACCACCAUUGUUAUCUUUUCCCCUGACUCUUGCCAAACCACGCCCUUUGACCUGGUCCUCUCAUCUUUGAAGAACCUACACCAUUCUCUCACAAGAUGGGGUCUUGAGAAGAAGAUCAAAGUCUCCUCUGGCUUCUCUUACCAGUGCUUAAACAACCUAGAAACCUUUAAACCUACUCUCGCCUUCCUCAGAUCCAUAAACUCCACUUUCACCAUAAACCCACCUCCAAACUUCCUCUACUCUCCUGAUAACCAUCUUGACAUGCUUCGUUCCGUGGAGAAGUUGGGAUCUUUGAGCUUCAACAGAGUGAACUUCUUAAACCCUGAACCAGAAGAAGCUGCGGUGGCGGCGAUGGCAUCAAGAAGAAAUCUCAGAUCUUUAGUCAAUUUUAGCACAAAAUUCACAUUUAACUUCCCGACAUUACCCUCUCCGUCGCCGGAAAACUCACCAGUUCACUCCUCCGUCGGAUAUCCAUCUCCACAGCCUUCGCCGGAGCUCUCACCGCCGGAGCAAUCUCCGAUCUCAUCUCCGCCGGAGCAAUCUCCGAUCUCAUCUCCAGGACUCUCGCUUUCGCCGUGCAUUCCACAUCAGACUCCUUCGCCGCCGGCGAAAGAGAAGGGCGUGGAAGGGCUGUGGUGCGUGGCGAAACCGAGCGUGGCGGCGGAGACACUGCAGCAGUCGUUGGACUUUGCGUGCGGACAAGGAGGAGCCAACUGCGACGAGAUUAAGCCUCGCGGGAUAUGUUUCUAUCCGGACACGACAGUGGCUCAUGCUUCUUAUGCUUUCAACAGUUACUGGCAAAAGACUAAACGUAACGGAGGAAGUUGCUCUUUCGGUGGCACCGCCAUGCUUAUCACUACUGAUCCAAGUUAUCAGCAUUGCAGGUUUGUUCUGAGUUGAGAUUUGUCGGAAGUGGAAGACCGGUAAUGAUAUCAUGGAAACAGAGCUAGAAGACGGAAGAUUUUCUCAAUAAUUGUUACUAUUAGUUAAGAGUUAAUUUCUCUUUAGUUUUCGUGGACUAUCAUUUUGGGUUAAAUAAUUGUGUUACGCUUAAAACCCAAAAUCAUUCAGGCUACUGGGUAGGCUUUGUUUUACUUAGGUGGGGGUAUUGGAUUUAGAAAUUUGAUAGAAUCAGAAGGAAUUAUAGUUUCCAUUAAAUUCCACUGUUAUUCAAUUAUGGAUUUCAUCAAUUCUUUUAAAUUCUUUUGUUAUUGGAUUAAGCAUUUGGAAUCAUUCUUUUAAUUACUUUAAAUUCUGUUGUUAUUCAAUAUUUGAUAGAUUUUGUAGUAAUGGUAUUUGAUAAGAAUUUAAUGGAAAAUGUCAUGUAUAAAUGUAAAGGGUCAAUUCUUUGCUCUUAUGCAGAGAUUUGUAAUGAAUCGUAAGAAAACACAAACAGUAGCAUUUCUCUACUUCUCAUUUUUCCAGAAGUACGUGAAGAAUGAAGAGACCUUUGUGGAUGAUAAUUAACGAGUUACCGGCAUAUAUAAAGAACAACAAUUAACAAAUAUAAAGUCAAUGUUGCCUUGUUGCUGAAGAAACCCAGUGUCUGUUAACCAAAUCAAGAUGCCUUCUGAGACUUUCGAUUGUGUGCUUUCACACAUCGUUGUUAAGAGCCUUUACGAACACAAGAGCAAGAUAAAAAAUGCAAAUACUUGGAGAAAAACUAUGGCAGAACUUAGAAGAUAUGUGGAGAGAUGUUAUGGUUUAGAUGAUCCAUAUAUUUUAUUUAUUAGUAUUAUGAUUUUAAUAAAUUUGCUACAAUCCAUAAACUAUGUAGUACUAAUUACUAUUUUCUUUCAGUUUUAAGAAUAAAAUAAAUUUUGUUACCUUUUUAAAUACACAAGGAUUCAAAAAUUUAUAGAAUUUAGAGGAAUUAGUAUUCUCUCAAAUUUAUGUAUAUUCUUUUAAAAUCCAUAAUUGAAGUAAGCAUAAGAAUUAGAUAAAUGCAUUAAAAUCUCAUCAAAUCUUUAAAAAUACUGCAAAAGCUUUUCCUUAUGAAUUCUUUCAAAUUCCUUGAUUGAAUACCACCCCCUUAAAGAGAAAAAAAUAUUGACAAGAAAACUAUCAGAGCCAGGUUUCGAUCCUGGGACCUGUGGGUUAUGGGCCCACCACGCUUCCGCUGCGCCACUCUGAUGUUGUUGUUAUUCUUUUACUUACCUUUUAUCUCACAUUAGUACUUCAUGCUUCAUGAGUUCAUUCGAUAGGCUUUGUUGUCAUCGAGUGCACUGGUUAAAUGUUCUCAUUUUGUAAUUGCCAAAGUUUGCGAAUAUUCACAAGACUGUUUCUAUA